CGCGAGCCGCCGCCGCUCCGGCAGCCGCUCUGGCGCGGCGCCGUGCCGCUUCCGGGCCGGGCCUCGGCCAUGGCGACGCACGCCAGGAAAGCCGUGUACCCGCUGUUCCAGCUGGGCGGCCCGCAGCUGCGGAUCUUCCGGCCCAACUUCUUCAUGCUGGCGGUGCGGCCGGGCGUGCCGCAGCCCGAGGACACCGUCCAGUUCCGCGUCUCCAUGGAAAUGACAAAAGUGGAUAUCAAGAAUUACCUUGAAAAAAUAUACAAUGUGCCGGUAGCUACUGUGAGGACCAGGAUACAGUAUGGGGCAAACAACAAGAGGAAUCACAAAAAUCAGAGAGUGAAGAAGCCAGAUUACAAGGUUGCAUAUGUACAGCUGUUACCCAUCUACAAGGAGGCACUAAGUGAAUUGCUCCUGAAGCUGAGGAGAGAGUUUUCAGUGACUAACCGGAAUGAUGAUCAAGACCUCUGUCUGGACAGCAACCGCUUGCCUUCAAGUGUAGUCUGACUUCCACCUCCACCAUAAAUAGUUAGCUAUAUACGGUUUGCCACGUUUCUUCGAAGAAGUUUUUGGACAGUCUUAACCUGAAUUUCCAGGAAUCUCCUCUCCCUUGUACUUGGAAACUGCUAUUAAGUAGUGCCUUUCUCUUUCCAUCCCCGUAACGCAUCCCAAGGGUCCAGAUGAAAUGCGAAGUCCAGUGAUCCAACACUGAACAUAAGCGGAGCUAAGUAACAUCAAAAGAAAGACGGGGGGAGGAAAGAGUUUAUGACCAGGAGACUGUUGAACAAUGUGGCCUCCUUCAUGUGCAUCCAAUUGUGGUGUCUCUUCCUAGAUCACUUUGGCUUGGAGCUGAAGGACAAAUCCAUGCUGUAUGUGAGCCCUGGCUUUCAAUAUAGUGCCAGUGUGUGGGGCCGCCAUUCAGGAGACCCAGGCUGGAAAUGGAAGCUGAAGAGUAGAUGGCUCUUGGGUGUAUCUGUAUGUGAUCAAGCAGGUCAGAAAAGCAUCUUCUUUUGAAGCCCUCAAAUAAUUGUCCUCUCGUCAACAAUUCUCAGCUAAUAAUGCUUUUCUUUUUGACCCAGUGGGGUGCACUGUGCCAUUUCUCAACAAUGCAUGUAUUUUCUUUCCAUUGAAAUGCUAUGGGGUUACAAUUUUUCAAAUUAAAAACUGAAUGGUCUUGAUUUUUUCUUUUUUUCCCACAUGAACAUUUCUGUUGACUUGCAAAAUCCUUUUCCGUUAAAAGUGUCAGUAGUAGAUUUUUAACCCGUUCUAAGAAACUUCCUUCUGUUAAAAAUUACUGGCGUCCUAAACUCUCUUAAGAACUGUUUGUCCGCAUUUCCCUUGCUGAAAAAUGAUGAUUUCUGGAGUUGUUUUUCUUCCCUUUUCUCCCUUCAGCAUUCUUUUUGUCUCUCUGUAAUUUUCCCCCAUUCCUGUACAGCACUAAACUUUGUGAAGAAUGAUAUUUCUGAACAUGGAAAGUAACAGAAUGGCACAGUAGUUUAGCUGGGAUUAAAGAAAUUAUUUAAGCCAAGCCUGAUCUAUAGGGAGAAGUUUUCUGGAACGAAAGCUGUCAUGCUCCUGCAGCUUUUUCAAGCUUAAUAGCUUUUUAAGUCCAGUGUACAGUUCUACAAGAACUUCUGAAUGGGUCUUGCUCGCUAAUAAAUUCCAAAUAAUUCUUGCCAACUCUUGGGCUUCUUCUCCAUUAGAUUUUUAUUAUAGGAUUUUUUACAUAAUGGGAGCACACAAACAGGAGACUUGGAGCCACAAUUUCAGAGGUCUUUGUUCUGGGGUUGGGAAAUCAGUUUCCAGAUGUGGAUCGUGUUGGUGGUUUUUUCCUUCCUCACCCCCACCCACCCCCCCUUUUGUGUGUAUGUAUGUCUGUCUUUCUCUUUUUGCCAGGAGUGUGAGAGAGAAAUUAAGAUGAUGAAUGAAAUAAUGAAAAUAAUAAAAUAACAAUGGUCAAAA